AAUGAGGAGCAGCUGAGCUGAUCUGCCUCUCACAGCGGGGAGUUCAUAUCCAGUGGUCUGGAUCUGUGCUGCCUGUUCCAACAGGGUGGCCGCAGCUUGAUCUGCUGCUGGGUAUGGUGCUACUGAAGGCUUUACAAUGAGCCCUGCAGAAUAUUUCAGGCUGUUGGUCCUUUGUCUCUGCCUGCUGGACAGUGGUGUAAACUGUGAGGAUACACAGAAAGUAGGUUAUGCUCUACAUGUCCAGGCAGUACAGACACCAAAGGGAGGCCAUAGUGAUGAAAGAGACCACAAAAGAUGGAGUGAGCUAUCUGUUUCAAGAAUCCCCACUGCUGGUUUCAAGACAUCAAGUGUGGCCAAAGAGCAAAGUUUCAGCCAGCACGCACAAGAGGAUCACACCGGCGACUCCACGCCAUCACAAAUUCAAAGCUGGUAUCCUUACCCUGCGCGUAGAAAUGUUCGAAAAAGCCGAGUCAGCUUUUUAAAAAAAGGCUUCAGCUCUGCCACAGUUGGACGAAGCGCUGCGGUGCAUGACCGCUCUGGAACCGAAGCCUUCCCUCUUCCUGAAGGCAAGAUGAUUCAUCAAGUAAACUCUGAGUCUGUAUUCUCCACAGACGCAGUUUUGGUUCAACCCCAUGUCCAUCGACUGUCGAGAACCAAGCUGGCGGGAGGGUUUUCACCUCAGGUAGAGGAAGCACCAGUGGGCUUAGGACCGAGCAGAAGGGCCCUCAUCUAUUCACACAGCAGCACAGAAAGUCCAAAUAUCAAAGCCCUCAAGCCUCACAAGACGCACAUGAACCCAUCCAGACCUAACAUAUUUCCCAUGCACCCACAUGGCUUGCAUCUCCCCACUAGGCCCGAUGUGAGUGGAAAUCCUGGCAGAAGUUCAGUAGGAAAAGAGAAGACUCCAGCAUGGAGUCCCAGGAGCCACAGCAGGGAUGUGACGUCUGAAGCAAGAGGAUACGCCCACGUUCGCCACAUCAAGCCUGGUAAUGACAAAACGCAGCCCCAAGCUAGUUCUGCUGCAGGCAGAAAGUUCUUGGAAACUGGUUAUCCAUCUGCAAUCCAAAAUCAGGGAAGAUACAGCCAUGAUUCGAGUGAAAGACGGCAAAAUCUUAAUUACAAUUCCAGAGGAACUCAGUCCAGCAGCUGGCAUCCUCCACCACCGGACAGAGCACCAAACCAUGUCCAAGGCAAAUUCAAACCUUUCCAAAGACUUCCCACAAUGGAUCCCCCUCCUCACCACCACUCAUCAGACGGAGAAACGGAGCCCGCUCAGACAGCUGCAGGGACAACGCUGUCCCCUUCUUUGAACUGCACAGGAAACACUUCAUCAGUUGUCCCUUCAGCUGAUGGAGAGUUAAGCACAACGUCUGCUUCAACCAUGCAGACGGAGAGCCAAGAUGGAGAGUCAAACACCACGUCUGUUUCACCCAUGCAGACGGAGAGCCAAGAUGGAGAGUCAAACACCACGUCUGUUUCACCCAUGCAGACGGAGAGCCAAGAUGGAGAGUCAAACACGACGUCUGUUUCACCCAUGCAGACGGAGAGCCAGGAUGCCACGCUUGCACCUCAAGCCUCAAACCAUGAUGGCCAGUCUGAGAGUUCAGCAGAAGUUGGACCUUCUGUGGAAAAUGAUGAACCAUUGACAGUUUUUCCUCUGACUGUACCCCCAGCAGAGGACGAAAAAGGUGACACGGUUGUCUCAAGUCCUUCAGAAAAAGAUCAGUCUGAAGUUUGACUGAUGACGUUUUGGCAAACACCAGCAAGAGGUACGCCUUUGUGGUGGAACCGAUGCAUUUUUAUCAACCUCUGUGUUUGGAGCUGUCUGUUUUUGCAGAAAUGCAAAAUGCAAUUUCAGUGGUGAAAUAACUUGUUGUUAAAGAUGUGAUCUGUUUUUCCCUUAAACCUGCUCUGAGCUCUGCUGCUUGUCCAAAGUGUCUGACUUUUGAAAAGAACAUCAUUAAAGGUUUUUGCUCUGUUGUCUUUACAAACUGGCUUUUUGCUGUAGUAAAUAAAACAUCACAACUUAU